UCUUUGUGUUUUAAAGAAGCGGAAAUCAAGCGCUAUGGAAAUUGCUCAAAAUUAUAUGGGUUCAAAUGCGACUGAGACCAUGAUCAGGAUCAAUGAAAACGCAAACGUGGUUGGAACCAUCAUUGUAAAUCGUGAAGGGUUCCCAGAGACAACAACACUGGACAGCUUAACGGCGGCCACCUACUCCACGCACAUGAGGAGUCUAUCCAACUACGCGCAGAACGCGAUUAAGGAAGUGGACGUACUGGAUGACCUGGUGGUGCUGAGGAUGGUCUCCAAGAAGACUGAGGCGGUGGUGGUCCCCGAUCACGAGUUCCACAUCAUCGUCGUCAUGAGGAAAUCUUAACAUCUUGGGGAUUAGGAGCCAAGAAGC